CUUUCUAGCCCCAGCACAACAGUCCACAGUCUAUAUAAAAGCUCUAGAAGAUACCAUGCACCGAUGCUUUAUGGCAGCAAUACAAUUCGAACACCAACAGGUUUUGGCUUGUUUCACCUCCAGUGAAAAAGUCGCUAGUUGGUGUUCAGUUUCACUCUUCCCUCCUCUUUCUUCCCAGCUGCCUUUGAGCAUGGCUGCCGCAGAGAGCUGCUGACCAGUCGGACCAGUUUUCAACGCCGUGGCCUAAUUACCGCAUUGGCUUAAGGGAGUUUGCAUAGUUUAAAAGCUGCUUUUCAGAUGGUUUCCCUUCAUGGAACGGAGAGACGCAAAAGUGGGAUGUGUUGUAAAUCUUGAUGGGCAUUGGUCUCCGCACAAGGACAACAAGACAUCGCCACAGGCGUGAGUCUUCCACGAGUGCAACAUGUUCUCCUCUGCGACCCCCUACAAGAACCAGCACUACGCUGAGCUCAAGAAGGAAUGCAUCAAGAGUAAAAAACUCUUUGAAGACCCAGAGUUUCCAGCCAUAGAUUCGUCUCUGUAUUUCCGGAAACCACCGCGUGGUACUACGCAAUGGAAACGUCCUGGGGAGAUCAGCAAUGACCCACACCUGUUUGUGGAGGGCGUCAGCUCCCAUGACUUGAACCAAGGCUCAGUGGGGAACUGCUGGUUUGUGGCUGCCUGCUCGUGCUUGGCCCUGAAACCUAACCUGUGGGGAAAGGUCAUUCCGGACUGGAAGGAGCAGGAGUGGGACUCUAAACACCCGGAGGAAUAUGCAGGAAUCUUUCACUUUCAGUUUUGGGUGUUUGGCAAGUGGGUGGAUGUUGUGGUGGAUGACCGCCUUCCUACAAUAAACGGAGAACUCAUCUACUGUCACUCCAAAGACAACAAUGAAUACUGGAGUGCUCUGUUGGAGAAGGCCUACGCCAAGCUCUCUGGCUGCUAUGAGUCUCUGGAGGGGGGCAACACUGGAGACGCCGUGGUGGACUUCAGUGGAGCUGUGUCUGAGGCUAUCAACCUGGAGGCCGAGGCUUACUACAAGGACCAGAAGAAGCUAGACCAUCUCCUUGAAGACUUACUGAAGGUGUACGACCGAGGUGGCAUCAUAAGCUCCUCCAUUAAGGCGGAACCUCAUGAAAUCGAGCUCAAAAUGGCUAAUGGGUUGGUGAAAGGUCACGCGUACUCUGUGACGGCAGUAAAGAAGGUGCGUCUGGGUCACGGGCUGAUAGCCUACUUCAAGAAUGACACCAUCCCGAUGAUCCGCAUGAGGAAUCCAUGGGGAAAGACGGAGUGGAAUGGAGCCUGGAGUGACAGUUCUGAGGAAUGGUCAAAAGUCGGCGACACGGAAAGGGGCAACCUGGGUAUCACAGUGGAAGAUGAUGGCGAGUUCUGGAUGUCUUUCACAGACUGGUGCAAGUACUUCACAGAUGCCGACGUUUGCCGUCUCAUCAACACGUCUGUGUUGAGCCUCCAUAAGACCUGGCAUGAAGUGGUGCACUUUGGGAGCUGGACCAAGCAAGCGGAGCCUCUCUUGAACCGCUGUGGUGGCUGUGCAAACCAUAAGCAGACCUUCCUGCAGAACCCACAGUUCAUGUUCGACGUCACAAAGGAGGCCGACGAGGUCCUCAUCUCCUUACAACAGCGAGAUAUGAAAAUCCACAGGAAGAUCGGACAAGGGGAGAAUAUCACAAUCGGCUUCAGCAUCUUUAAGGUGGAACUAAACAGGAAGUACAGACUGCACGACAUCCUGACCCAGAAGCUCGUGCAGACGUCCACAUACAUCAACGCCCGUACGGUCUUCAUGCGAUGCACGCUGCAGCAGGGCCGCUAUGUCAUCCUGCCCACCACUUUCAAACCGUACACUCUGGGGGACUACAUGAUCCGACUCUUCACCGACGUGGACUCGAGCUGCCGGGAGCUGACUGAAGAUAAGCCCAGGGUGAGAUGUUGGAGUUCUUUCCUGGGAUACCCACAGGCCGUGACCCACGUGUAUGUGCACUCUGCUGAGGGUCUGCAGAACCAGGACAGUACAGGCGGUGCAGACCCUUACGUGAUCAUCAGCUGCGAAGGCCGCUCUGUAAAGUCUCCCAUCCUGAAGGACACUUUGACACCGGAGUUUGCAACCAGCGGUGUUUUCUACAGGAAGAAGCCCAGGAAGCCUCUAACUGUACAGAUCUGGAACAGUAACGCAGUACAGGACCAGUUCAUGGGCCAAGUGAUGCUUUCCGCUUCCACGAAGGACACCGCUGAUCCCCAGAGGCUGCAGCUGAGGAAACAAGGCCACAACAUGGCCGAUGAGAUGCCGGGGAGCGUCACUCUAAGGGUCGUCACUUCCUCUCAACUCACCGCCAUGUGAGGGCUCGCCCAUCGACUGAACUGUGAAACUAUGACGAGCACAACGUGCCUAUAGCCUCAUGAUGACUAUUUGUAAUGCAGGUAAUAAUAUUGCACAAUAACCUUUUUUUUAUAUAACUCGUAUAUAACUUUUUACAGUGAAUACUAAAUAUUGUAUCACACUAAUAUGUGAGUAAGGCUACAUUCUGAUGUGGUCAAAUUAAUCUUGACUCUCCAGACACAACAUUAGAAGUGCACUUGUAUCCGAUAGUAUUGCCUCUAUUUUGUUUGCCGUUUGCAGUGCACUGCAUCAUACUGAGGGCUAAUACCUCACUACAAUAACAUGGAACUAAGCAUUAUUACUAAGGGUUGCUCAAGCCGAUAAAGAUGUAAGAUAUCCGUUUGAUAUCAGCAAAAAUACAAUUGUUGUAUUAUAUUGGCUCCCAUAUAAGUGCCGAAACAAUCAUGUCAAACACACAAGCUAGACAUACUAAGUAAAUGUCCUUAACUGAACAAUAUUCCAGUCUAAAACAUGACAUUUGUAAAUACAAACAAGUCUCAAAUAAUAAUAGUUGUAUUUAAGGUCUCCAAUGAAGAAGCAUAUUAGAAAGUGUCCAGCAACAAACGGUCCCACUGUGAUGAGUUUAAGUUUUGUUGCCCACUGUGAUGAGUUAAAGUUAAGUAAUUUUUGUGGCCACUAGGUGCCGACAAAUACAUUUACCACUCCACUUCAAUUUAAAGGCCUACUGAAAUGAGAUUUUCUUAUGUAAACAGGGAUAGCAGGUCCAUUCUAUGUGUCAUACUUGAUCAUUUCGCGAUUUUGCCAUAUUUUUGCUGAACGGAUUUAGUAGAGAACAUCGACGAUAAUGUUCGCAACUUUUAGUCGCUAAUAGAAAAGCCCUGCCUUUACCAGAAGUCGCAGACGAUGACGUCACCCGUUGAGGGCUCCUCACAUCCUCACAGUUUUUAAUGGGAGCCUUCAACAAAAAGAGCUAUUCAGACUGAGAAAACGACAGUUUCCCCAUUAAUUUGAGCGAGGAUGAAAGGUUCGUGUUUGAGGAUAUUGAUAGCAAAGGACGAUAAAAAAAAUAAGUAAUCAAGUUUUUAAAAAAAACGCGAUUGCAUUGGGACAGACUCAGAUGUUUUUAGACACAUUUACUAGGAUAAUUCUGGGAAAUCCCUUAUCUUUCUAUUGGGAUGCUAGUGUUUUAGUGAGUUUAAUAUUACCUGAUAGUCGGAGGGGUUUGUCCACGGGUGUCUUGAGGCCAGUGUCUGAUGGAAAUCGACAGCAGUUGUAUGAAUAGCACAAGCUCAGCUGAUCUCCGGUAAGUGGCAACUUUUUACCACAAUUUUCUCACCGAAAACUGCUGGUUGACAUUUGGUCGGGAUCCAUGUUCGCUUGACCGCUCUGAUCCAUAGGAAAGCUUCACCUCCGGGAAUUUUAAACAAGGAAUCACCGUGUGUUUGUGUGGCUAAAGGCUAAAGCUUCCCAACUCCAUCUUUCUACUUUGACUUCUCCAUUAUUAAUUGAACAAAUUGCAAAAGAUUCAGCAACACAGAUGUCCAAAAUACUGUGUAAUUAUGCGGUUAAAGCAGACUACUUUUAGCUGUGUGUGUGCGCAGCGCUACUAUUUCCUAACAGUCUGUGACGUAACGCGUAUACGUCAUCAUUCCGCAACGUUUUCAACAAGAAACUCCCGGGAAAUUUAAAAUUGCAAUUUAGUAAACUAAAAAGGCUGUAUUAGCAUGUGUUGCAAUGUUAAUAUUUCAUCAUUGAUAUAUAAACUAUCAGACUGCGUGGUGGGUAGUAGUGGGUUUCAGUAGGCCUUUAAAUAAAACAUAAGCCAGCUAGUAAUAAGCAGUUUAGUGUUAUUUCUUAGUAAUUGCACAUUAUCAAGCAUUUUCAACAUUCUUCACUUCAAGUAAAGUAUUAUGUAAAGUAUGUAUGAUUCAUGCUGCCGUUGUAUAGCAUUAAUAUCGGUACCAGCUCUAAUAUCAGUAUCAUAUUGGAAGCAAAAAAGUUGUAUCGAAACACCCUUCAUCAUUACCGUAAUCAUUUUGACACAGAUCUUGUAAUGGAUCAUCAUCACUUUAGAUUGUGUCCAUGGGUGUGUUGACAACUAGCAUUCUCUGCAGUGAAACAUGUUUCUAAUGAUUUAUCAAUAACCGCCAAAAAUUAAGUGUUUGAAAAAAAAAAUCUUGUUAUGCAAAAUGACAAAUGUCCACCGCAGAGGACGCUGGUCCUCAGGAAGUCAGCCUGCAGCAAAAGUUACAGCACACAGCCUCAACACGUUACAGCGAUGCUCGUUUCCUCCUUUUAUUUCACUCCAGUUCCCAAACUGUGAUGUUUUCUUUUUUUUGUUUUUGUUUACACUCAAGACACAGCCAUGCACAAUUCAAAGUUCAAAAAGUCUAUUGCUUCAACCACAAAAAUACUUUAUGCAAAA